GGCGGUGCACGGGGAGGGCGCCGGUCUGUCGGUCGGACGGACGGACGGACGGGUGGACGAGUGGACGGAGCGCACUUCUUCGCGGGAUCUGAACAAGGGCGGGCCUGCAUCUCACGGGCGGGAUGAGGCGUUUGUGGCUCGCGGCCUCGCUGUGCGCGCUGCUGGCCGUCGCGUUCGGCCCGCAGGUGACCUCGGCCAAAAAGGCGGCGGCGGCGCCACCGACACCACCUCCGCAGACCAAGGCGGCCGAGGCCUCCAAGAUCGAAGAGGUCACGGCCAAGCAGCUCGAGAAGUUUCUGCUGGACAAGGACUACGUCGCCGUCUUCUGGUAUGCAAGGAGUUGCCACACUUGUGACAAAGUACUGGCAGAGCUAGAGAAAAUCGACGAUGACACCGACAACUUCGGUGUGGACUUCGUCAAAAUCAACGACAAACGACUGGCAAAGCAGUACGGAAUCAAGAACUUCCCUGCUCUCACGUACUUCCGAGAGAAGGAGCCGAUUCUGUACGAAGGUGACCUGAUGGACGAGGAUUCCGUGCUGGACUUCCUGACCAGCCUGGAGGCUAUGGACCUGCCUGACCGCAUUGAGGAAGUCAACUCCAAGAUUCUGGACAAAAUAGUCGAGGAUAAUAAUUAUGUAGCUGUUCUAUUCUGUCUCAGUGAAGAAACUUGCCCUCCUCGGGACAAGAACAUGUUGAAUAAGCCAGAGUGCAGAAAAUCUUAUAAAGCACUGCAGGAACUCGAGAAUAUCGACGACGAGGCCGACUCGCUGGGCAUCGGCUUCGUCAAGAUCGCAGACGAAGAAUUGGCCGAGGAGUACAAUCUGGGCACCCUGCCUGCGUUGGUCUACUACAGACACGGAAUCCCCAUCAUUUAUGAACAUGAACUGACCAGGGAGGAGGACGUCUUGGAGUGGCUGGUGCAGAACAAGUCCACCGGAGACGACGAUGACGUCAUUGAGGACGUCACCAUCAGGUCCCUCGAGACGCUCAUCGAUUCUGUGGACAACCUUGUCGUGCUCUUUUACGACAAUGAUGACGAAGAAUCGGAGGUGGUCCUGACCGAGCUGGAGAAAAUUGACGAUGAAUGCGACAGAUACGGCAUCAAAUUUGUCAAAAUUGACGAUGACGCUGCAGCCAAAGAGUUCGGCAUUGAUGACACCCCCGCCCUGGUCUACUUUGAGAAUGAGGUGCCCAACUUGUACGAUGGCGACCUUGAGGAUGAGACUGAGAUCCUCGAGUGGCUGGUCGGUCAGCUGAAACAAGACGAGAUCGAAGAUGUGACUGACGAGAUGCUGGACAGGCUGAUCAAAGAGGGCAAGACCAUGUUGGUUCUGUUCUAUGACAACAAUGACAAAAAGAGCCAGACGGUGCUGGGCGAGUUGGAAAAUAUCGACGACGAGUGCGACUCCCACGGCGUUGUCUUCGUCAAGAUCGAAAACGAGGAGGAGGCCGCUGAGUACGGCAUUGAGAAGAUCCCAGCCCUCGUCUAUUUCGAGAAAAUGAUCCCUACUUUGUAUGAAGGAAAUUUGGAGGAUGAGGAAAAGGUGCUGAAAUGGGUAGUCAAACAGCUGGAAAGUGACGAAAUUGAGGACGUGAACGAUGAAAUGCUGGACAUGCUCAUCUCCAAGAUGCCCAACUUGGCUGUGCUCUUCUACGACAAGGAUCAAAAGAAGAGCCAGAAGGUGCUUGCCGAGUUGGAGAAUAUUGAUGACGAAUGUGACAAGAACAGCAUCGCCUUUGUCAAAAUUGAUGACGACAAGGAGGCCAAGGAGUACGGAAUUGAGAGCAUUCCGGCCGUUGUCUACUUUGAGAAGAAAAUUCCUCACAUCUAUGACGGUGAUCUAACGCAGGAGAAUGAGCUUCUCGAGUGGCUGGUGCACCAGAAGAAGCACAGCGAAAUCCCGGAGAUCACCAACGAGAUGAUGGACAAGCUAAUCGACUCUGUAGAUUUCAUGGCCGUACUUUUCUACGACAAGGACGACAAGCAGGACUUGCGUGUGCUCAAUGAGCUUGAAAACAUCGACGACGACCUGGACAAGGAGGACAUCGUCCUCGUCAGGUUGGACGACGACAAGGAAGCCAAGAAGUACGGCAUCGACCAUCUGCCAGCGCUGGUCUACUUCGAGGAGGAGAUCCCUGCUAUUUACGAAGGAGAUCUGUUGAACGAGGAGGAAGUCUUGAAGUGGCUCAUCCAGCAGAAAACCACUUCAGCCAUUGAGGAGGUCACUGACGAGAUUUUGAAGAGGCUGAUUGAUCACCACGAAUAUGUAGUUGUCUACUUCAGUGGCGAAUGCGACGAGGAGGCUGAUGACUGCGACGAGUUCAUUGCAUCCCUGGAGAGCAUCGAUGAUGAGUUGGACGAAACCGGCAUUAUUUUCGUCACCACCGAGGACAUAGGACUGGCCAAGAAAAAUGGCAUCAAAACAUUCCCUUCAUUGGUGUUCUUCAGAAAUAAGGACCCUCUUCUUUACACUGGUGAUCUCGACGAUGAAGACGAAAUUCUCACCUGGGUGACUGACGAAGAGACACUGGAAAUCCCUGGACGCAUCGAGGAAGUCAAUAUUCGUAUGCUGGACAACAUUCUGCACGACAACGAAAACGUUGUUGUCUUUUUCUAUGCCGAGGGCGACAAGAAGUCGCAGAAAAUCAUCCAGGAGUUGGAAAACAUUGACGACGAGUGUGAGGAGAAGGAUAUUGACUUCGUCAAGACCUCCGACGAGGGCAUCGAGAAGGAGUAUACGCUGCCUGAGCUGCCAGUACUUGCCUUUUACCGCAGCAAAUUCAGAACCCUCUACGAAGGCGACCUUAUGAAUGAGGAAGCCAUUCUCGAGUGGGUCCUGGGUCUGCACGGCUCUGCUCACGCGGUGAUCGAGAGCGUCGACCGCAAAACUCUGCAGACCCUCAUCAAUGAGGUCGAGCACCUUGCAGUGUUUUUCUAUGGUCCUGAUUGCAAAGUGUGCAACAGAAUCUUGGAGGAACUGGAAACCAUCGACGAUGACACUGAUAAACACAAUAUCCAGUUCGUGAAAUCGACUGACGCCAAGUUGGCCUCUGAGUACGGAAUCUUUGAUUUCCCAGCACUCGUCUUCUUUGACACCGGCGUUCCUAUCAUGUAUGGAGGCGAUCUUAAACAAGAGGCUCGCGUCUUGGAUUGGCUCGUGAGAAAGAAAAGUAAGGGUGUAUUACAUCCCACAGUUGAGGAAGAUGAUGAUGAUGAUGAUGAUGACGACGACGACGAUGAUGACAAUAAUGAUGAUGAUGAUGACGAGGACGACGAUGAAGAUGAUGAUGAGGACGAUGACGGCGUCGACGAUGAUGACGAGGAUGAUGAUGAUAACAAUGAUGACGACGAUGACGACGACGACGAUGAUGAUGGAGAUGAUGACGACGACGACGAUGACGACGACGAUGAUAUUGUUUUAGGGGACAUGAUGGACAAGGGAGGCGUGCUCAGCUGGAUCAAGACGCGCAAAAACGACCAGAGCAUCGAGGACAUCGACAGAGACAAACUGGCCAAGUACAUCACCUCAAAGGACUUCCUGGCAGUCAUGUUCUAUAACGAUGAGGACUAUGAGGCUCAUAGAAUUUUGAGGCAUUUGGAGCUCAUCGACGACGAGGCUGCCGAGUAUGGAAUCAAAUUCACCAAAUGCAGUGAUCUUUUAAUGGCUAAGAAGUACGGGUUCCGCGAGCCACCGGGCAUCGUGUACUUCAGAAAAGGAAAAUUUAUCAAAUAUGACGGUGACAUUGAUGACGAGGAGGAAGUUUUGGAUUGGCUAACCGACCCAGAAAACAUGGAACUGAACGACCACAUCGAAAAGGUCAACAGGAAAAUGUUCGCGAAAAUCCAGCAGAGCUCCGAUUACGUCGCCGUCGUUUUCUACAGCAAGGAUUGUCAACAGUGUCCGCGCGUCUUGGCCGAAUUGGAGCACAUCGACGACGAGGCUGACGGUGCGGGCAUCAAUUUCGUCAAAAUCGACGACAGACAGAUGGCCAAGGACUACGGCGUCUUCGCCCUGCCCGCCGUUCUGUUCUUCAAAUUGGGAGUCAAGGAUCCAGUUAUCUACGCAGGGGACCUGUACGACGAGGAGAAAAUUCUUCAGUGGCUGAUGACCCAGAAGGACCCCGGCGGUGAAGUGAUCGAGCACUACUCCGGUGAAGACUUGACAAACCUCAUCACCACGGCCGACUCGCUGGCAGUCUUCUUUUGGAAUGAAACGUUUUGUGAAAUUUGCAAGCGCAAAAAACACUUGCAUAAAAGCAAGAAGGAGGCCGAAGGUGCCGCCCCCGCCGACCCCAAUGCGCCUCCGAGCCCGACGGACGCCGAAGAAAUAUCCCCACCGGAUAAGCCCCAAGUCCACAGACGCCAGCGCGACAAUGACAACUGCGACAGGUGCGUCACUAUUCUGGAAGAGUUGGAGAACAUCGACGACGACUGCGAAAAAUACGGAAUAGUUUUUGUAAAGACGGAGGAUUAUAAGGUGGCACAAGGCUACGGGAUAUCGGAGUUCCCGUCGCUCGUUUACUUUGAGCACAACACGCCGAGCGUCUACGAAGGAGACCUUGCCGAGGAGGAGGAAGUGCUGCAGUGGCUGAUUACCCAAAAGGUCGAGGACAGAAUCGAGCUGGUGACCAAAAUUAUGCUGGAAAACAUGGUGGAGGACGUGGAGUACAUGGCCGUCUACUUCUAUAAGCCGAACUGUCGACCUUGCGAUGAAAUUCUGGAGCAGCUCGAGAACGUCGACGACGAGUGCGAUGCCUACGGAAUCCAAAUGGUCAAAAUACACGAUCAGGGCCUCGCGAAAAGGUAUUCCAUCAAAACGUAUCCAGCACUGGUUUACUUCCGCAAUGGAAAUCCUCUUCUUUAUGAUGGUGAUUUGAUGGUCGAGGAGGAGGUAUUCCAGUGGCUCAUUGAAGACGAAAACAGAGAGCUGCCUGAUGAAAUCGAGGAGGUCAAUCUGCAAAUGCUCAAUAGACUUUUGGACGACUCGCCUUUCCUAGCCGUUUUCUAUUACUUGGAAGACAGUGAAGAGUGCGACGACUGUGACGAGGUUCUGGAAGCACUUGAGGAGAUUGACGGCGAUGCUGACGAUUAUGGUGUCGAUUUUGUCAAAAUUUCCGACCCAGACGCAUUCACCGAGCACAACGUGGUUGCCGUUCCUAGCCUUAUUUACUACAGAAAGAAAACCCCGCUGGUUUAUGACGGUGAUUUCCAUGACACUGACAGGAUUCUGGGCUGGUUGACCUCCCAGGAUAUUUUUGAGCUUAAAAACGAAAUCGAGGAAGUGAGCCGCAAAAUGCUGGACAAGCUCCUGGACGAAAAUGACUUCGUUGCUGUCUACUUCUACGAAGAGGACAGUGCCAUUUGCGAGAAAGUUUUGGCCGAGCUUGAGACCGUGGACCAGGAAAUAGACAACUUGGACAUCACUUUUGUCAAAAUCGCCGACGUGAAAUACGCCCGCAAAUGGGGUGUGACCACCCUUCCGUCGCUAGUCUACUUCAGAAAGCGCUUCCCGAGCAUCUACAGAGGUUCGCUCUCCGAGGAGGCCGACGUGUUGGAUUGGCUGAAGAAAAACCGCUUCCGCAGCCCCGAACUGAGUCUCUUCAUGUACGCAACAUUCGCCAUCGCCUUGGCUUUUGUCCUGUACACAACCUUCCUGAUGACCGUGUUCAACAAGCCCCCGCCCCCGCCAGCUCAGCCGCACCCCAAGCAGUCUUAAAUUCGGCCCUUGGCUGGCCUCGGAAAAGAGAGCACUGAUUUUUUGGAAUAAAAAAAAGAAUAUUUAAAUGUCGGACGACCCUUUUAAAAAAUCACCUACAAUGUUUUCAAAUACGUGGAUUUGAUCGCCGGGUUUUUCUUGAAACUAAAUUCCAUUUUAGUUUUUGCUAAGAAGAACGCGAAGAUUUUUUUUUGUUGUCGAGUCCGUAGAACACGAUAGAAAUUUGUUGCUGAGAUUUGUAGAUAAUAAUACGAGAGUGCUGGAUCUUGAUUCCAUUUAUCUGAUUUUCCCUGUGGCUGAUUGCGAGCGAAAAUGGCGUUCAACGAGCGUGCGCGUGCGAGCAUGUGACUAUUAUGUUCAAAUAGUUGUGUAAUGAGACGUUCGAGGACUGAGUGCACAAUUGCAGUCUCCAAAAAUUAUUUUGCAAAAUCGACUACUUUUGUAUGGCGCGCGGCUGCGGCGCGCAAUUCUCGGCUGUCAAUUUUGAACACUUUAACGGCCUCAACAUGGUGAGAUGAAAAAUGUGACAAACCAUUUUAUUUAAAAAUAAAUGACGUACUUUGUACAAAAAA